AUGACGAUCGUGAUUUUACUUGCCCUCUCUUUGGCGGCGGCCGCAAUGACAACGGCGACGGCGGCGACAGCCGCAAGUUUUAGCAUCGAGCUUAUUCAUCGCGACUCCCCUAAAUCUCCAUUCUACAAUCACUCUGCCACGUCAGUAGAUCGCGCACGUGCCUCAAUCUAUCGAUCCGCCCAUCAAGCCCGCCAGAUUGCUGCACGUGUGCAGAGAAAAAGUGUCAUCGAGCCAUCCGACGCGGUCUCUCGGUUGUUCCCCGACACGUUCGAGUAUCUGAUGGAGCUUCGUGUCGGCACGCCGCCGUUGUCCAUCCUGGCCGUCGUUGGCACCGGCAGCGAUCUCACCUGGGCGAACUGCGUCCCCUGCACCAAGUGCUACAGGCAGACGGCGCCGUUAUUCGAUCCGCGCAAGUCCUCCUCCUACCGGACGCUCCCCUGCACCUCCAACCUUUGCAAGGCCUUCUCCGGCAGCUCUUGCGGCGAAGGCAUCUCCUGUGAAUACCAUUAUGCCUACCAAGACGGGUCAAAUAUUGAUGGCGUCAUCGCCACCGAGGACCUCACUUUCGACUCCUCCGCGGGGUCUCCGCUCGUCUUCUCCAAUAUCGCCUUCGGCUGCAACUCCCAGAGCAGCGGCUCCUUCAGCAGCCGCGCCGCCGGUAUGGCAGGGCUCGGUGGUGGUCCCGCCUCUCUCGUCUCACAGAUCGUUCCCUCUCUCGAUAAGAAAUACUUCUCUUAUUGUCUGGUUCCCAAGUCAGACACGCAGGCCAGCAGCAAAGUCAUCUUCGGCUCCGCCGGCGUGGUCGCCGGAAGCACGGUCACCACCCCGAUGACGGUGGAAGAUUCCUUCUUCGUCCUCCGGCUAGAAGAGAUCAUAGUCGACGGUGCCGGCUCGGUCCCAGUCCCACCUUCCGCCCCUGGAUUAAAGACAGGCAACAUGAUCAUCGACUCCAGCACGACCCUAAACUACUUGCCCACCGGCGUGCUAUCGAGUUUGGUGGAGCAGGUGUCCAAGGUGGUCAGCCUGCCCAAGGCAACUGAUCCGGAAGGCGUUAUGCCGCUGUGCUUCACGGUGACCGGCGAGUCCGAUAGGCAGAAGUUACCAUUUAUCACGUUCAAGUUCGCGGGAGAGGCCUCGUUGAGGCUGAGCCCGACAAUCAUCUUCAUGGAUGAACUUUCCUUCGGUGGAAACGUGGUUUGCCUCGCGGUGGCGAAUUCUGGCUCUGGCUUGCCGAUAUUUGGGAACUUGGCUCAGCAAAAUUUACACGUUGGGUACGAUCUUGAUAUCCCGGCAGUGACUUUCGUUAGCGCCGAUUGCGCUCAGCUUUAG